AUGACUAUAGUGGCAUAUUCAAAUUCUAAAAAAAGUUGUCCAUUUUUGGUCGCAUUUUUAGAGAACUGGGAAGCAAAGGAAGUAAAAUUUACCAAGCUGGAGUGGUUAGAAGCAACAGAAGAAUUUAAAUCGGCUACAGAACUGUUGCAAGAGGAUUUAAGAGAAAUUUGGAUAAUUCUGAGAACGUUAGAAAAAGACUUAAGUUCAAAAGAAUUAGUCAAGUUAGUGAAAAGUGCACAUAGGAUCCAGACAAGAUCAGUUGAAAAAAAUAUCAAAUUAUACCAAAAUUUGAUAAAAGAAUACAAAGAGAAAAGAGAAAGAGCUAUGAGUAGAAGUACUAGUGCUGCGAUGGAAAAUAGAAUGAAUACAGAAGAUAGUGGAAAAGGAACAGGUUCCAGUUGGAGAACCAUGGAGAAGUUUGACGCUAGAAGUGGGAAGAGUUUCAGGAAAUGGGCAGAGCUGCUGGAAGACUAUUUUAUAGUGGAUAAUUUAGUCAGGGAUGAAGCAAAAAGAGCCGCAAUGCGUACAAGAUUGGAUGAAGAAUCGAGAGAAUUUCUAAAAUCCAGAACGCCCAUGGAAACGGGUACAUUCGAAUGCUGCGUAGAGACAUUAUCAAAGAAGUAUAAUGGGCAAAAAGCAAAGGAAGCCGCUAGUAUGAGAGCACGUGCUUUUAAACUCGAUAUGCGUGAGGAAAAAUUCUAUGCUUCAAUUCUAGAAUAUGCUGAUCUAGUGACUGCGACUUCAAUUUUAAAAAACGAAGAACUGUUAAAGCAUCAAAUAAAUAUGAUUCAUGAACAAUUGAAGAAUCAAGAAGAGCUAUGGAUGAAAUUAUAUUAUCAAAACAAGUAUGAAAGUUUAAUAGAACUUGCUACAGACUUAGAAACUUCUUGGAAACUGAUUUGUGAAAAGAAGAAAAGAAAGGACCACUUUUCUAGGAAUGAGAAGAAUAAGGGGAAUGAUAAGAGUCAAGGUGAAAAGAAAGGCUAUAGCAAAGAUGCAAAAAUGAAGCAAAAUAUAAAAUGUUUUAAUUGCAGUGAGAUGGGACAUUAUAAGACCAAUUGUCCAUCAUUAAAAGAAGAUAAAGCAAGAGUAGAAUCAAAAAGAAUUUAUGUUGAGGAGGAAGCAUCGGAAAGCAUGGAAGUAAUGAGAGAAACAAAUAAAAUGUUGAAAAGAAUGUUGGAAAACAAAGUUUACAACAGGGGUGUUAAGGUAAAACAAGAAAAGAAGAAGGUGUACUUGAAUAAGGAAAACAAGAAAACCGAAAAUGAGAAAAUAGCAACUUUAAGAACAGCGGUAGAACCAUAUGAAUUUUAUUUACCAGUAGAGGGUAAGGAUGGAAUAUUGUUGAGUGGAUUGAUUGAUUCUGGAGCGACCAGAACUAUAGUCAAGAAAAGUACGGCAAUGAGAUAUGGAUUUAAGCAAAAUCGGCAAACUAUGACGAAGAUAGUUUUGGCGGAUGGAACGAUGAAGAAAGCUGUUGGAGAUUUUAAGACACAGUUUAAGAUAAUACCUGAUAUUUUAGUUAAUUGCAGUAUUGUAGUUGUAGAAGAUAGGAGUGAUUUAUUAAAGGCUACUGGAACUAUUUUAGAUUAUGGGAAUAAAACAAUAAUCAUGUGUGGCAGAGAGAUACCACAUUUAACUGUGAAUAAAGAAAAAGAAAAUGAUAGAAUAAUAGCUAGAAAAGCUACUAUAAACUCGGAAAGAAAAGUUGAAGAACUAAAGAAAGAAUUUAAGAAUGUGAUAAGCCAAAGCAAGGAUGACAUUGGAAGGUGUGAUAUAGAGGCUCCGAAAUUUGAGAUAACGGACAAACAACCUCCAAAGAUUCCACGUUAUCCAGUACCUUUCAGUAAGAGAGAAGUUAUAAAAGAACAAAUUCAAUCAUGGCUUAAAGCAAAUGUUAUUGUUGAAGAUAAAUUUGUAAAAUGGAUAAUGAACUUGGUAAUAACACCAAAGUCUGAUAAAACGGAUAGAGUAUGCUUGGAUAGCCGGCCAUUAAAUAGCAGACUAAUUGGUUUUGAUUAUAAGACACCUACUUUAAAAGAUAAAGCAGGAAUAUUAAAUGGUGCAAUGUAUUAUACAACGUUGGAUCUGGUACAAUAUUUCAGUCAAAUUUCAAUUGAUGAAGAAUCUAGUAAAUUUUUAGGGUUUAGAGCACCAGAUAAUACAACAUACAGAUUUGUAAGAUUACCGUUUGGAGUAAAACAUGCAACUGCAAUUGCACAGAGAAUUAUAGAUGUUGUUCUGCAGAAUAUAGAAGAAGCAUUCAGUUAUGUGGAUGAUAUAUGCAUAGCAACAAAAGGAAGUUUAGAGCAUCAUUUUUCUAAGGUAAGAGAAGUGCUGGAGAGAUUGAGUCAACAUGGGUUGAAAAUAAAUUGGAAGAAAUGUCAAUUUGCAUGUGAGGAAAUUCAAUACCUUGGGUUUUUGUUUUCAAGACAAGGACAGGAACCAAGUCCGAUUGGUACUGAAGCAAUCAAGAAUUUUCCACAACCAAAAAACUUGAGAAGUUUAAGACGGUUUUUGGGAAAAGUAAAUUUCUAUAGGGCACACAUAGAAAAUUUGGCAAGAAUAGAAAUUCCUUUAACCAAUUUACUGAAGAAGGAGAAUUCUCUCUUCGAAUGGAAUGAAGAGUGUGAGAAAAGUUUCUCACAGAUAAAGAAAGAGUUAAUGAAAACUUGUAGAUUAAUAAUGCCAGAUGAAAAGAAACCUUAUGUGAUACAUUGUGAUGCAAGUGGUGAUGCACAUGCAGCAGCACUAAUGCAAGAAACUGCAGAAGGUUUGAAACCUUUGGGGUUUUAUUCAAAACGGCUACAAGAUAGGAAAACAUUUGUGCCAGCUGUUGAACUUGAAUUACGCUGCAUAGCUAGUUCACUUUCAUAUUUCAGACAGUGGGUUUUUGGUAAGAAAGUGUUAGUCCUAACAGAUCAUAGGCCGCUAAAGAAGUUAAUUGAAAAAAAUUGUGAAUCUCAUUUAUUGAAGUAUGUGAGGGCAAUAAAGGAAUAUGAUGUAGAGGUACAAUAUAUUCCAGGAGAAAGGAAUAUAGUGGCUGAUUGUUUAAGUAGAGCACAUUUGAGGAGAAAUAAGGUUAAUGAUAAACAAAGUGAAACUUCAGAAGAAGAUGAAGAAGGUAAGGAAAGUUUCAAUGAAAAAAUUUUAGUGGAAGAAAUAACAGAAGAGAAAACAAAACAAGAAUACAUGGAAGCAGUUCAUACAAAUCUUGGACAUGGUUGUUUUAGUAAGUGUUAUCCAUUGUUGGUAAGAAGAGUUCAUUGGACAGGAAUGGAAGCUGAUUUGAAGCUUUUUAUAAAGCAAUGUAUUAAGUGCGUAAAAAGAAAUCCAGUAUACAAAUCAAAGCUACCAAUGAAAGCCAUAGAAGCUAGUUAUCCAUUGGAGAAGAUAACUAUGGACAUUAUGGGUCCGUUGAAGAAAAGCAGAAAUAACAAGACUUACAUACUUGGAAUGGUAGAUGUAUUGAGUCGAUAUGUUAUAUUAGAACCACUUGAAGAUUGCAGGGCAGAAACGGUUAUGAAAGCGAUAAAAGAUGGUUUAUUUUAUCGUAUUGCAAUCCCAAAAGAAAUAAAAACAGACAAUGCUAAGUAUUUUGUAGCAAAAGAAAUGGAUCAAUUGAUGGAGGAGUUUGGUGUGACGUUAGAACAUUCUACACCAAGACAUCAUGAAGGGUCGUCGAUAAUUGAAAGAACCUUUAGAUCAAUUCAAAAUAUGAUUGCGAAGUUGAUUGAAGAGGAUGAUUAUCUGGAUUGGGACAAUUUAUUGAAGCCAGUUAGUUAUUUCUAUAAUCAACAAAUACACUGUACAACUCAGGAGUCUCCACAUUCAAUAAUGUUUGGGUGGAAAGGGCAAUUACCUGUAGAUUUGAGAAAAAGCAGAAAUUUGCUCUAUCUAGUUGAUUAUAAAGAUGAUGUGUUGGAAAGAAAUGCAGCUUUUGAAUUAACAAGAAAGAUAAUGGUUGAAGAAAGAAGUUUAAGAAAUCAAAAACACAAUGAAAGAGCUAAAGAACCAGCUAGAAUUAAGGAGCUUGGUACAGGGGCAAAAGUUCUGGUAAAGAAGCCGGUUGCAGGAAAAGAUGUAAUUGGGAAAUUUUCUUCAGAAUGGAGUGAAGGGUAUAAGAUAUUAAGAAGAGAGGGAAACAGUUUCUGGUUGACAAAAGGGAGAGGGAGACCUAUAAAAGUAUUUAUGGAUAAUGUGAAGCUCGAUCCAAAACCAGAUGAAACCCAGGAGGGGGAAGUUUCUGAGGGAUAA